GGCGUCCCCGAGUCUCCUCUGCGUAGAACGUGCCCUCCACGGCGAAACGGCGCAGCGUUUCGGGAGCGCGGCUUGCCUCGCGACGGCGCACGACACCAUGGUAGUUCCACCCUCCUACUCCGAUCUGGGCAAAUCUGCCAAGGAUGUCUUCAGCAAAGGCUACGGAUUUGGCAUUGUGAAACUGGACCUGAAGACAAAGUCCGAGAGUGGAGUUAUGGAGUUCAAAACCUCUGGCUCUUGUAACAUAGACACUGGAAAGGCCGGCGGGAACCUGGAGACCAAGUACAAGCUGACGGACCUGGGCCUGAACUUGAGUCAGAAAUGGAACACGGACAACACCCUGGCUACUGAGAUAACCUUGGAAGACCAACUUACUCAUGGUUUGAAGCUAUCCUUUGACACCUCGUUUGUGCCAAACACAGGCAAGAAGAGCGGCAAGCUGAAAACCAGCUACAAGCGCGACUACAUUAACGUUGGCUGCGAUGUGGACUUUGAUGUUUCUGGCUCUACCGUGCACGCGGCGACUGUGCUGGUCUAUGAGGGCUGGUUGUCGGGCUACCAGAUGGCCUUCAACGUAGGAAAAUCCAAGCUGGUCCAGAACAGCUUUGCGCUGGGCUAUAGGGCCGAUGACUUCCAGCUUCACACCAGUGUGAAUGAUGGGACCGAAUUUGGUGGCUCCAUCUAUCAGAGGGUGAAUGAGCAACUGGAAACGGCAAUUACUCUGGCCUGGACUGCUGGCAGUAACAACACACGGUUUGGUGUGGCUGCCAAGUACCAGCUGGACAAGGAUGCCUCGCUGUCUGCCAAGGUGAACAAUGCAAGUCUCAUUGGAGUGGGCUACACACAAAGCCUAAGGCCAGGUGUGAAGCUCACUCUGUCUGCACUGAUUGAUGGGAAGAACUUCAACGCAGGAGGGCAUAAGGUGGGGAUGGGGUUUGAGGUGGAGGCUUAGAAAGAAAGAGAACCUAAGCAGGAUAGUGAUAAGACCCAAAAACAUGAGUUCAGAGAUCUUCUCGCAUGCCCACCAGAUCACACACAACACAGACAGACAGACACCAACACACCCACCUGUACGGAGCACGGAUUCUGGGCUAGUCACGCCUCACUACAACCCCACACUAUUAGUCAGUAGAACAGAAGCUGAGACCUACUUUGCUCUCAGGUUGGGGGCUGUUCAGGUACAGUACUGUACCUUAUGAUGUGGUAUCUGUGCUGACAGCACUGAGAUGCCAAGAUGAGCACGAGUGGGAGGGACUUUUGUUCCAGGCAUAAACGGCCCCAGAAUCCUGGCUUGAAGCAGAACUUCUAGUUGUCCUGGCUUAUCAAAAACCAGGUACUUUAUCCUUUAUUUAAUAAAUCCUCCCUUUGUCUGCUCACUCUGCAGUGUCUGGCAGCACAAUGUUGCAUCAUAACAAGAUUCAGUAAAAUAAGGGUAUCGUUUAUAAACUGAAUUAUAGUACUCUGUCAAUGCCCUAUAUAUAAUUAAAAUCGAUUUCUUGUUUUGAAAGUUGAAAGCCAUAUCCUGAUAUUUUGAAAACUUGAACCUUCAACAAGAAUGCUGUUCUUUUAAUAACUGUUAAUUGACAAGGGUUUUAAUGGACCAGAAGGACAGAAAAUGUCCUCUUAGCUACUGCUGUUCUUUAGAGAGAGAUAAUACUAAUUUUAAAAAGUAACAAUCAGUUGAGGAUGGUAUUCAUGGUCUGUAAUUCUAUGCAUACAGCAGUUUGGCUAAGGUGGAAACAAGCUCCUAUUUUUUUU